GUAUUAGAAAAGACAUUUCACCUCUUUUGUAGCAGGCAUAGUCCUAGAGAAGAUGUCUUUAAAAAAUAAAUUGGUUUUCAUUUGCUUUCUUGGAGUAGUAUCUUGUGUCGAAUGGGAUAAUUGCACGUUUAAAUCUGGAAGAUUCAAAGGAUGUCCACAUGAUGGAAUGUGCAUACCCUUCGGUAAAGAGUGGGCCGUUCGGGAGGGGAAAGUCAUCAGAUGUGUGGGGAACAAAGAUAAAUUCUACAUAGAAAUAGUCAAAGGAGGCUUUUGUAAGGAUUAUAAAGAAGGAUUUAAAGGGUGUAUAUACCAAGGCCUUUGUCAGCCAUUUGACUUUGACUGGAAAAACUUUGAAGGUGCAACAUUAAGAUGUACAAAAGAUAAAAAUAAAGGCUAUAAAAUCAUCACCGUUAAACCAGGAUUUUGUCGUGAUGAACAAGGCGGGUAUAUCGGUUGUAUUUACGACACGAAAUGUCAUCCUUUUGGAAAAACCUGGAUGACACGUGAUUGCCAUACCGUGACAUGUGCAGGAAACAGGUGGAGUUUUAGAACAAGAGUCAUCAAAGAAGGUAAAUCCAAAGAAAUAUUAACUCUCAA